ACUGACAAGCUCUUUAGCAAAGAAUCACUAAAAGUUUCAAAUACUCCACAAAGAAAUAUGGCUUUUGCUUCCUGGGUUGUCUGCGGCCUUUUAUGCGUCUUCAACCUUCAGCUAUCCAGCACUUAUCCUGUUAGCACUAGCUUGACCUCCAGUGACAUGGACAUAUUAAGGGUUCUCCUUAACAGAUUUGAGGAGUUGCUUCCAGAGCAAAGGUCAGUCAACCCUGUUGAUGACACAAACACAGAAGCUGAUGCCCAGCAGGUAGAGGACCCCUUGGACGAAGCUUCAAUCAGGGAGUUCCUGUCAGCCAAAAACCUGAAGAGCGUCCGUAGCGACUCCACCAGGAGAGCUUCUGCUUGCUUUGGUCGCCGUAUAGACCGAAUUGGUUCCAUGAGCUCCCUAGGCUGCAACAGUGUUAACAAUCGCAAUUCAAAAUGACUGUGAAGUCUUAUCAUCAACAACUUCGUGGAAUGCCAAUGUUACUAAGAAAAGUCAUUUAAUUAAUCAUAAUUUAUUACCAAAUAUUUAAGUUAUUAUGUCGUUUGUGCCUUACAUGUGUAUUUAUUUAAAAGUAUGUAAAAAAGUUCUCCCAUGAAUGUAUCAAUAAAUGUUUAC